AUUGUACUAAUUACUAUCGGAUGCGGCUCAUCUCUAGUACUAAUCCCCUCUAGUGGGUCCAGUGCAUGGUUAAUAUUGAGACAUCUGUCCACCUUUUAAUCUAAUGGUCAACAUUUAAUUAACUAAAGCAGCCCCUCAAACCGUGGUUAAGCCCCUGAUUUAUCCUUUCCCUUGCUGCCAGCAUCAAUUUAGCCUAAAAUCUUUCUAAACAAAAUAGAAGCAUCCGAAAAAAUUGCUAGAAAAUCUUUCUUGUUGGAAAAAUAUUUUCUUACCACGAAAAUCAUGGAAAAACAGAGCAAAAAACAGCAAGAACGAAAGAUUAAAUCUCUAGAUGGUACAACAACAACCAGCGAUCGCAAGAAAACGGAAGAUCAGUUGAUGAGCAAAAGUUUUUCCAGAGAUUAAGUGACAAUACCAAAACAGGUUUUUCUCCGCUGUUGCACUAUUUUUUCUACUUCGAGACCAAAUACGUUUGUUUCAUGUGAUUCUCGUGGUAGCCAAAACGAAUAAAUGUCUAGAAUGUGUUUGAUAAAAUGUCUCAAUUAGAUUGAUGGAGAAUUUUAAGUAAAAAAUGGAUAUUUGAAACAGUGAGAAGUUGAGAUACUUAAAGCACAAAUAGCAAAUCGAAUGAAGGUCACAGCUUGUUCCACGUAAAGUUUUCAUAUUAACCUUAUGAAAAUAAUGAAGUUCACUAACUUUAGGAUGUGAUAGUAACAGAGCCUUUGUUAGGAGUAUUUUGAUUAGUGAACUCCAUUGUUGGUAGAUUUAUGGAUAUGAUAGCUAGUAACAGAGCUUUGUUAGGUGUUGCAAUUCAUUUCUGAUGAAAAACUUAAAUCAUUUUUCUAAAAUUUAAGACUAAAGAUUAUUUGUCUUAUUUAUACUUUUUGUAAUGUAAAUUUAUGGAUAUCGCAUCAACUGAGUCUCAAGGUGGAUGUAAUGUGCUAAUAAAACUUGGGAAGGAAUUUGACUCGAAUGAGCACGCAUAUGACUGUUAUAAUGAAUAUGCAGCUCAGUUGGCUUUAGUGUUAGAAAAGAAUAUGCUAAUAAAAAUAGAGUCCAUGUGUAUGUGACUUCAACAAAAUUUACAUGUUAUAAAGAAGUUUAUAGAAGUACGGACAAACGAGAUUCGACUGUUCAAAAGCACAGAAACGAAACUAGGACGGGGUGCUUAGCUCAUAUUACUAUUAAUCGUCAAUUGAGUGGAAUGUUUUGCAUCACUUCAUUUGAAGAGAAACACAACCAUCCUUUUGUUGAUUCCUCUUUAGCUCAUCUGUUACCAUCUCAAAGAAAGAUAAAAGUUGCUCAAGCAUAUGAACUUGACUUAUUAGAUGAUUCAGGAAUAUGUCCUAAAGCUUCAUGUGACUAUGCUGCUCAUCAAGCUGGAGGACAAUCUUUUCUAGGUUACACAAAGAGAGAUCACAAGAAUUAUCUUAGGGACAAAAGACAUGAAAAUUUGAAACAUGGAGUGGCUCGUAGCUUGGUGAAUUAUUUUGAGAAAAGAACACUAGAAGAUCCCGCUUUUCGAUUUUCUUUACACUUAGAUGAUGAUAAUUUGAUAACUAAUGUAUUCUGGGCUGAUGCAAAGAUGAUAAGAGAUUUUAAGAUAUAUGGAGAUGUUGUGACUGUUUAUACAACAUAUAUGACAAAUAAAGAGUAUCGACCCUUGGCAAUGUUUGUUGGUUUGAAUAAUCACAGGGAAAUGGUUAUAUUUGGUGCAGUUCUCUUGUACGAAGAAUAAACUGAAUCGUUUGAAUGGCUUUUUGAUGCAUUCUUUAGCAUUAUGUCUGCAGAUAAACCAUAAACAUUCAUGACAGAUCAAGAUCCCGCAAUAGCUGCUGCUGUCUUAUUAGUAAUGCCAAAUACAUAUCAUAUCAUCGUCUAUAUGUGUGGCAGUUGGAAAAAAAAAAAAAAGCUUUUAAACAUCUUAACCAUAUCUUUAGAGCUAAUUCAUCAUUUCUGAAAGAUUUUAGCAGAUUGCUUUAUGAUUAUGAGUAUGAGGACGAUUUCUUAAGUGCAUGGCAGGAUAUGCUUGAGAAGUAUGAUCUUGGGGAUAAUAGUUGGUUGAAAACUACAUUUGAUAUAAGGGAGAAAUGGUUGAUGACAUAUGGAAGAAAUACAUUUUCAGCAGAUAUAGAAGCACACAAUUAAGUGAGAUCUUUAAUGGAUCUUUAAGGGGAUAUUUGAAAUCUGAUUUGGAUAUCGUUCAAUUUUUUAAGUAUUUUCAAAGAUCAGUUGAUGAUAAGCACACCAAUGAGAAUAAGUCAAAUUUUGAUAUGACUCGAAGAAUUCCUAUUUUAAAGGUUAAACUUCCUUUAUUGAUUCAUGCUAGGGAUGUAUACACCCCAACUAUAUUUGACAUGUUUCAAAAUGAAUGGGAAAGGUCAUUACUUGUUUCCGUGAAGGAGUUUCACGAUGAAGGAGAUUUGUGUACAUACAGUAUUGGCACUUAUGGAAGUGUUAAGGAGCAUGCAAUAACUGUCAAGCGAUCAGUAACUCAAGUUUCAUGUAGCUGCAAAAUGUUUGAGUUUGUGGGUAUACUAUGCAGACAUGCUUUAAAUACUAUGCAGACAUGCUUUAAAGAUCCUUGAUUUACUGAAUGUAAAGGAUAUGAUUCCUGCACAUUAUAUACUAAAGAUAUGGACAAAAGAUGCUACAAACAUACAUGAGAUGGAUGCCAAUCUAGUAGGAACAAACUCUAAUCCAAAAGUUAAAAUUAUUGUGAGGUAUAGAUAUUUGUGUCAAACUUUUGUCCAAAUUUCAAGUGAAGCUUCUGAAUCCAAAGAAGGGUAUGAAUUGGCUGCAAAGUGUACGAACAAGAUAAUUGCAAAGUUAAAUGAUGUAAAGAAGAGAAAUGAAUCGCAUGAAGAAUUGAUUCCAAGCAAUAAUAUCCAAAAUGAACCGAGUGAGACAGUAUUUGUUGAUAAUACAAAUGUCACGAAGGUGACUGGGUUAAAAAGGAAGGAACCAACAUGCCGCUCUAAUACUCGGCCAAAGAGUUUUAUGGAAAAGGCCCAGAGAAAAAAUAAGACUUCAUUGCCAAAAUUUCCUCUUAGCCAAACUGACCAGCAGUUUGAUAACUUUUCAUCUCUUCAAGUCCCAUAUCCACCUGUACCAGAUGCAUCAAUGACUAUGGGAGCAGUAGAAAGAAGCUUCCGUCCAUGGUGCCCUUCACAAUUGUCUCAAGGAUCAUCUCAUGGAAGUUUGACUCAGCUCUUAAGAGAUGUUUCAUUUCAUGAUUUAAAUAAGUAUUCUCGACACUGAUUAUGACAACUUCGAAAAAUGGAGGUUUCAUGGUGAUGGUUUUGUUCCAGAAUGCGAUUUGGCAUCCUCUGUUAAUGGAGUUGUUUCUUUUUUUACAUCAAGGCUGCAACUUAUUUUAUAGGGGAAAAUUAGCUUGUACAUUGAAAAUUCUUUUGUUUAGCAAUUGAUCAUAUGUAGAAAGUUAAUAAACACAUUUUUUUUUAAUUGAACAUGCUUUAUAUAGUAGCCAUGGAUGCAGUAGCCAGAAAUGCUUUUGUCCAACAGACAGUGAUUAAUCAUAGUACCCUUUACUAUUUGGCUGAAGCUUCUCUUGUUUAUGUUUUUAAAUUGUUGUGUU